AUGACACUGCCAAAAGUACGGAAGAGGAAGGCACAAUUGGUUGAUGAAAUUGAGGCUUUGAAGAAUGAGGUACGAGAAGUGGACGAAGAACUUGAUCAAGUGUAUUACACGCAUCCGAAAUCGAAAGAUUAUCAGAAAAUAGUUGUGAAUGGACGAAAGAAAUUCAAUCAGGAUCCAUGGAAGGCGUUGGAUUGGUUAGCUUCACGGAAUAUCGUUGCAAAGGAUCCCAAUGCAUUGGCACUUUGGAUGAAGGCGGGUGAAGGUCUAUCAAAAAGUGCAAUCGGUGAGAUUCUUGGAGACAAUCGUCCAUUUGCUCUCGAGACUCUCGAUAAAUUCACUCGAGAACAUCGUCUACACGAAGUUCCGAUUGUUCCCGCCCUCCGACAGUAUCUUUUUUCAUUCCGACUACCCGGAGAAUCUCAAAAAAUCAAUCGAAUUCUCGAGAAAUUCGCUGAAAUCUAUACGGAACAGAAUCCAUCUUAUGGGACAGCGGAUCAAGCACAUACAGUAGCCUAUUCGUGUAUUAUGGUCAAUACGUUGUUGCAUAAUCCGAAUGUUAAGGAUAAACCAUCGUUGGAGAAGUAUAUCACUAUGAAUGAGCAACUCCUGUCAAGCGGUGCUAUAACUGUCGAACAACUGACAGAAGUAUACGAAUCAGUGAGUCUGACACAAUUCAAGAUACCCGAUGAGGUGACACCGACUGGAAAAGGAUCAGUGAAUGAUAUACUGUUACAUGCUGAAAGAGAGGGAUGGCUAUUCAAACAGAGCAGUAAUCCACUAUUCUCUGGUGCUCUUUCAUGGAAAAAGAGAUGGUUCGUACUAUCCGAGAACUGUCUGUAUUAUUUCGAUCAGAUGACAGAUAAGGAACCGAAAGGGAUCAUCACAUUGGCAAAUGUGGGAAUACGCAAAGUGGAGACACCCGCAAGACCCUAUAUGUUUGAGAUCUACUCCCUAUCGGAUGGUCAAAUAAAAGCGUGUAAAACGGAACAAGACGGUCGACUCGUCGAGGGAAGACACUCAAUUUAUAGAAUUUGUGCAGUGAAUGAUGAAGAUAUGAGAUCAUGGAUCAAUGCGAUAUCGAGAAUGAUGGCACCUCAACAACAUUUGUUGACACGUCCCAAAAGUACUCAUUAG